AUGUCGGCAACGAUGAUGAGGAAAGAGGCGGCGAGUGUGAUCGGAAUUGAAUCUCAGUCACUUGUGGUGGUGGCGGCGGCGACGGGGAAGAUACAAAAUGAAGUGCAAUUCACGAAGUGCGAGUGCUGCGGAUUGACGAAGGAGUGUACGGAGGCGUACAUAGCGAGAGUGCGGGAAAGAAAUCAAGGGUGGUGGAUAUGCGGACUGUGCACGGAGGCGGUGAAGGACAAGAUGGUGAGAUCGUCGUCGUCGAGAAGGAUCAGUAGAGAAGAAGCUUUAAAUCGGCAUAUGACAUUCUUUAAGAAGUUCAGAGCAAAAAGUCUGCCAAAAAAUCCGACGGAUGAAACCAAAAUUUUAGAUAAUUAA